AGAGCAGCAUCUCCAGUGUCCAGUGGUGUAUGUGUGAUUCUCCAUAAUGGGGAAUUAUAACUCCAGCAGUAGAGGAGGAACCUCUGAUCCAAAGGUAAAGAGAGCAGAGUCUCCAGCACCCAGCUGUGUGUCUCUGAAGAGUGAUGUGUCCAUGGGUCGUCUUCCUAGCUUCAACAGUGGACCUGUGCCGUCUGACCCAAAAAGAACUCAUCCUGUUCUACAUCCACACAAAGACAAGGAAGAGUCCAUACAGCAGGACUCUCGCACACCAGUGGAUAAUGUCCUACACAGAGUCUUACACACACACAAAACCAGCAUGAAGAACAAGUAUGAGAGUUUAUUUGAGGGAACCAAAUCACAAGAGAAUAAAACCCUCCUGAACAGGGUUUACACACAACUCUACAUCUUAGAGGGAGAGAGUGAAGGAGUAAAUGAAGAACAUGAGGUUUUACAGAUGGAGAAAACACCCAGGAAACAGCUGGUACAAGACACACCAAUCUACUGCUCAGACAUCUUUAAACCUGUACAAGGUCCUGAAGGAGACAUGAAGGAAGAGAAGAUCAGAGCUGUGAUGGCUGAAGGUGUCAGACACACAGAACCAAAAGAAGAUAAAGACCCGGAAGUGCCAAAGCUCAGAACUGUUCUGACUAAAGGCAUUGCAGGCAUUGGGAAAACUGUCUCAGUGCAGAAGUUCGUUGUGGACUGGGCAGAGGGAAAAGCCAAUCAGGAUGUAGAUUUCAUGUUUGUGCUUCCAUUCCGGGAGUUGAACCUGGUUAAAGAUAAUCAGUACAGUCUGCAUAGACUCCUGUGUGACUUCCACCCUGAGAUCAAAGACCUGGACCCAAAGAUAUAUGAUAUGUACAAAGUUGUGUUCAUCUUUGAUGGCCUGGAUGAAAGCAGAUUUGAACUGAAUGUUUCCCAGUGUAAUAAAGUCUCUGACAUAAGCAUGACAUCAUCAGUAGGUGCGCUGAUGUCAAACCUCAUCAAAGGAGAGCUGCUUCCCUCUGCUCUCAUCUGGAUAACCUCCCGACCAGCAGCAGCCAAUCAACUCCCUUCUCAGUACAUCAACCGUGUGACAGAAAUUCAGGGAUUCACGGACCUACAGAAGGAGGAGUACUUCAGGAAGAGAAUCAGUGACCAAGACCAAGCUGAGAAAAUCAUCUCACACAUAAAGACAGCAAAGAGCCUCCACAUCAUGUGUCACAUACCAGUCUUCUGUUGGAUCUCAGCCACUGUGCUUCAGAAAAUACUAAAACAAACUAAUACAGAAAUCCCUAAAACUCUGACUGAGAUGUACAUACAGUUCCUGCACACUCAGAUCAACAGGAAGAAUGAGAAGUAUGAGGGGGAAAAGGAAAGAGAUCAAAAGAAACAUCUGGAAUCCAACAGGUCCAUGAUUCUGAAACUGGCUAAACUGGCUUUCAAACAGCUGAUGAAGGGAAACGUGAUGUUCUAUGAAGAAGACCUGAGAGAGUGUGGCAUUGGUGUCACUGAGGCCUCCGUGUACUCUGGGAUCUGCACUGAGAUCUUUAGGGAGGAAUCUGUGCUGUACCAGAGGAAGAUCUACUGCUUGGUACAUCUGAGCUUUCAGGAGUUCCUGGCUGCUCUCUAUGUGUUUCACUGUUUUAUCAACAAUAAAAGGAGGGCGCUGCAGGCUUUUAAUUUACAGCCCUGGUUUUGGUCUAAGAAUGUUCCUCUCAGUGACCUGCUGAAGGCAGCAGUGUGUAAAGCCUUAGAGAGUCAGAAUGGACACCUGGACCUUUUCCUCCGUUUCUUGCUGGGCAUCUCACUGGAGUCCAAUCAGAGUCUCCUACAAGGCCUACUGACACACACACACAGCAGCCCAGAGAGCAUCUUGGGCACAGUCCAGCACAUCAAAGGCAAAAUACAAACAGAGGACCUCCCCACUGAGAGAUCCAUCAGCCUGUUCCUCUGUCUGUCUGAAAUGAAGGACCAGUCUCUCCUCAGAGAGAUUCAGGAGUAUCUACAAUCAGAGAAACACUCAGCACAGAAGCUCUCUCCUGGACAGUGUUCAAUACUGGCUUAGAUGCUUCUGACCGCAGAGGAGGUGCUGGAGGAGUUGGACUUGGAGAAAUACAACACAUCACAGGAGGGUUACAGGAGGCUGAUCCCAGCUGCUGCAAACUGCAGGAAGGCUCUACUAGAAAUGUGUAAUCUUGGACAACAGACAUGUAAAAUUUUGGGCUCAGCUCUACAACUCACAAAUAACCCACUGAGAGAACUCGACCUGAGUAACAAUGAUCUGCAGGAUUCAGGCGUGAAGUGGCUCUCUGCUGGACUGAAGAGUUCACAUUGUAAACUGGAGAUUCUCAGACUGUCUGGUUGUUUGGUCACAGAGGAAAGCUGUUCUUCUCUGGCUUCAGCUCUGAGGUCAAACCCCUCCCACCUGAAAGAACUGGAUCUGACCUACAACCACCCAGGAGAGUCAGGAGUGAAGCUGCUCUUUGCUAGACUGGAGGAUCCCCACUGCAGACUGGAGACACUCAGGUUGGAGUAUGCAGGGGAGAUCAGAAUCAUACCAGGACUAAGAAAAUAUGCGUGUGAUCUCACACUGGACCCAAACACAGCACAACGUCUGUCUCUGUCUGAGGGGAACAGAAAGGUGACGGGUGUGGAGGAGCAUCAGCCGUAUCCUGAUCAUCCAGAGAGAUUUGAUUACUAUGAGCAGGUUGUGUGUAGAGAGAGUCUGACUGGACGCUGUUACUGGGAGGCUGAGUGGAGUGGGGAGGCUGUUAUAUCAGUGACAUAUAAAGGCAUCAGCAGGAAAAGACACAUUGGUGGCUGUGUGUUUGGAUGUAAUAUAAAGUCCUGGAGUCUGGAGUGCUCUCGGAACAGUUACUAUAUCAGUCACAAUAAUAACUACACUAACAUCUAUGCCCCCUCCAGCUCCAAGAGAGUAGGAGUGUAUUUGGACUGGACUGCAGGCACUCUGUCCUUCUACAGAGUUUCCUCUCACACACACACACUUACACACUUACACACAUUCCACUCCACAUUCACUGAGCCCCUCUAUGCAGGGUUUGGUGUUUGGUAUUCUGACUGCUCAGUGUGUGUGUGUGAGCUAGAAUAG